CAGUCAUGUGCAUAAGGUGUCUAUAAAUUCAGCAGCUUCAACAGAAAGCACACAGAAAGCACACAGAAUGAGACAAGGACAAGGAGGGGACUAACCGCAUGAAGGAUUGUAUAUUCUUUCCUCUGUGCUGGAUUAUAACUUCCCCGGAAAACUAUUUAGUGAGUGGUGGUAUGCUGGCUGACUCACUUCAAACAGAGUUUAUGGCCCGAGGCAUUUCCACAACAGAACCGCUUCCAAAGAUUUGCAUACUUCUCGAGAAAACUUCACCCGUUACCCCCGCUUACAGCAUAGGUGUAAAAGAUGGUUGGCAAGAAACCCAAAGACGUAGUGCCCUCUGCAGCAGUUAAGUUCUUCGGAGCAGGCACGGCAGCCUGCAUUGCUGACCUCAUCACCUUUCCAUUGGAUACCGCCAAAGUCAGACUGCAGAUUCAGGGAGAGUCUCAGAAAGGUGAAGGUGCAGUGAAAUAUCGGGGAGUGUUUGGCACCAUCACCACCAUGGUGCGCACAGAAGGGGGCCAGGAGCUUUACAAUGGACUGGUGGCAGGACUCCAGAGGCAGAUGAGCUUCGCCUCUGUCCGAAUUGGCCUCUACGACUCCAUGAAGCAAUUCUACACUCGAGGCACUGAGAGGGCUGGGAUUGUUACUCGGCUCAUGGCGGGCUGUACCACAGGAGCCUUGGCCGUGGCUUUGGCACAACCAACAGAUGUGGUGAAGGUGCGUUUCCAAGCCCAGGUACGACUGGCUGAUGGUGGGAGGAGAUACAACAGCACCCUGGACGCCUACAGGACGAUUGCCAGAGAUGAGGGAGUACGGGGCCUUUGGAAAGGUUGUAUGCCCAACAUCACCCGUAAUGCAAUUGUAAACUGUUCAGAGCUGGUGACCUAUGACAUAUUUAAAGAACUCAUCUUGAAGUACGAUCUAAUGACAGACAACCUGCCGUGCCACUUCACUGCUGCCUUUGGUGCAGGCUUCUGCACAACAAUAGUGGCCUCUCCUGUGGAUGUAGUCAAAACACGGUUCAUGAAUUCAGCAGAUGGGCAGUACAGGAGCGCCAUCAACUGUGCUCUCACUAUGGUGAGGCAUGAAGGGCCCUCAGCCUUCUAUAAAGGGUUCAUGCCUUCUUUCCUGCGACUGGGGUCGUGGAACAUUGUGAUGUUUGUGACAUAUGAACAAAUUAAGAGAAAUAUGACCACGGCACAACAGUACUGGGAGUCACCGCUUUGACCACAGCUUGUUAGACUUUUCUUCAGACAGGACUGCACAGACACGACGCGCUUCACCCGUAUGCAGCAGUGGUGACAGAGGGUUGGAAAAAGAUGUUAUUAAGACUCACGGCAGGAAGCUGUAGCUCUUCAACUUUCUAAAUGAACACAGACGGAGUGGGCAUCGUUGCAAUAUCAGAAUGAUUUAAGAAUGCAAGUGUAAAGAGAAAUGUUAUGCAUGGUAAUGGUAAAGGCCUCCAUUACAAAAUGUUUUAUUCAGGUGUAAAAGACGGAUGUGAAGUCGUAAUUCCAGAAGGUUCCUAUAUGUUUAAUCUCUUAUCCAAAUAACCUUGAUCAGCUGGCUGUUACAUAGCUUACAUAGCUGUUACAUAGCUUUGAAGACGUGUUUACAAGAAUGAACUGUGAGAUAAUAUGAAUAAUAUGAAGGCAUUUUAUUUAUUAUAGGUGUAGGUUUUCCAUGAGGGCAAUAGACAAAUCAGUCUAGCAGCACAGACCUAAACAGUGACCAUUUUUAUGUAUUCCGUACGUUGCAUUGUGUGUCAUGGUUUACAAUGUGUACCAUUGUUUGUGUCAGGGGUUUAUAGGUAAAUCAAUGUGCUGUUCAUUGUAAAUAACAUGAUUUAUUGCUGGUCGAUAAGUCAUAAAUGUUGUGAAAUGAAUAAAUUAAGUGCCAUUUUUUAAGUGUCUCAUUUUA